AUGGUUCAAGUUCUCCAUCAGUCAAGACAGACCGUAACCUGCCAAAUAAAACUCCCUAAUGCCCAGUCAUUUUACUAUACGGCAGUUUACGCCUCUAAUCUACCUGAGGAAAGAACGGACCUGUGGGUUGAACUCCUGCACCUCCAUCAAAAUCUUUCCCUCAGUUCGUCUCCGUGGAUGCUUGGAGGAGAUUAUAACCAAAUAAUCCAUCCAUCUGAACACUCAAAUCCAGCUGUUUCCACCUUUGACGCGAGAAUGACUGAAUUCAGAGACUGUCUGACUCAGAUGGGGAUGUUCGAUCUUCGAUUCCAGGGACCGUUCUUCACCUGGAAAAACAAUCAACCGGAGUCUCCCAUUGCUAAAAAACUAGACAGGCUUCUGGUAAAUUGCCACCUUGUUGGAUUGUUCCCAGAUAGUCAAGCCUUCUUCCUCCCUCCGCUAACCUCAGACCAUAGCCCCUGUCUCAUUCAUCUGUCCCAUCGCCUGCCUAAAGCCGGCACUAGACCCUUCAAAUUCUUCAACUACCUAACUAAGCACCCCGACUUUCACCAUGUGGUACUAGAAGCUUGGAUUCAGGCCGGAAGCUUUGCUUCCACUCUUACUAGAUUGAGCUGGAAGCAAAAGACCAUUAAGAGAUCACUGAGAGAGUUAAACAGAGCGAACUACUCACAAAUACAAAAGAGGGUUAGUGAGGCUUACAGUUUGUUGCAAGUUGUGCAGGUACAGGCAUUGGAAGCACCCUCCCAACAACUCUUCAGCCAAGAAAGAUUGCUCCAUGAAAAGUGGACUUUUCUGAGAGGCAUAGAAGAGAGUUACUUUAAGCAGAAAUCAAGAAUAAACUGGCUAAAAGAGGGAGAUCAAAAUACGACUUACUUCCAGAGAAUCGCACAAACGAGAACAAGCUACAAUUCUAUCAGGUCCUUCCUUCUCCCCUCGGGGGACAUCAUCCAGGACCCAAUAGAGAUGAGUCUCCAUGCUAUCAAUCACUUCACGUCAAUUCUCGGGCCUCAGAUACUCCCACCAAUUCCCCUGCCAUCUCCGCCCUCUUGGUUCCAAGCUCUCACCCCAUUCCGAUGCCCAUCUGCGCUUCAUCAACAAAUGACAAGCAAGCCAUCAGUUGAGGAGAUUACAAAGGUUAUGUUUCGACUAAACCCAAAUAAAUCUUCAGGGCCUGAUGGCUUAACCUCGGGUUUCUACAAAGCUUCGUGGGACAUUCUGGGAGCCGAAGUAACUGCCUCUAUCUCUAACUUCUUCGUUGACUCUUUCAUGCCCGCUUCAACCAAUGCUACCAUCCUCACCCUAAUACCAAAGAAUCCAGGCGCCUCAAAGAUCACAGAUUAUAGACCCAUCUCUUGUCUCAACACUCUCUACAAAGUGGUCUCAAGACUCCUCGUCAAAAGGCUGAAACCGUUGCUUCCUGAACUCAUUCUCCCGAACCAAACUGCAUUUGUCAAAGAUAGACUGUUAGUUGAAAACAUAGUCUUGGCCGGAGAACUGGUCAAUGGUUACCACAAAUCUAAGGGUCCUAAGAGAAUUACUAUUAAAGUGGACAUCGCUAAAGCUUUCGAUAGUGUCUCAUGGGACUUCCUUUUCAACUGCCUAGAAGGUCUAGCUAUACCUGAGGAGUACCGAAGCUGGUUGAGGGCAUGUAUCUGUUCCACUAACUUCACAGUAGGCUACAACGGAAUGGUACAAGGUUAUUUUAAGGGGAAGCGAGGACUAAGACAAGGUGAUCCGCUCUCUCCCUACCUAUUCGUAAUUGCAAUGAACUGCCUCUCUCUGAUGUUAAACAAAGCCGCGGAAGAUGAGAAAUUUACCUAUCAUCACGGAUGUACUGGUUCCAAGCUCACCCACCUUUGCUUUGAUGAUGACCUUCUCAUUUUUGUUGAGGGAACACUGGAAUCUGUGCAAAACGUGUUGCAGGUUCUCCAUGAAUUUGAAUUGCGCUCAGGUCUGGCUGUAAGCGUCCAAAAGCCAAGCUUCAUUGCGUCUGGAGUGUCUCAGGAGGUGUGUGACUUGAUUAAAUUCACCACGGGAAUGCCUCAAGGCUCUCUGCCUGUCAGAUACUUGGGCGUUCCUCUAAGUAGCAAGAAACUGAGCAUGGCCAACUGCGAAGUCCUGAUUCAGUAA